UCAUUUCUCACUACGCGUUCCUCGAAGGACAACGAAAGCACUCGUAUGAUGAAAACUCAAUUUAUGGCUCUUUGGGAUGGAAUACUCACGAAUCGAUCCAGUCGUAUCCUCUUCAUUGGCGCCACCAACCGACCAGGUGAUCUGGACGAUGCUAUUCUACGUCGCCUUUCCUAUCGUGUGGGUUGA